ACGCAUCGUUUCAUCUUCUUCAAUCGAGACUUCUUCUUCCGUUGUCACAAAAGAAGACAAUCUCCACAAAUCUGAACCAUCUUCCUUCGAUUUCAUGUCGUACAUCAUUACCAAGGCCGAAUCAGUUAACAAAGCUUUAGAUUCAGCUGUUCCUCUCCGUGAGCCACUCAAGAUCCAUGAAGCUAUGCGUUACUCUCUCCUCGCCGGUGGCAAAAGAGUUAGACCAGUUCUCUGCAUCGCCGCUUGUGAACUCGUCGGCGGCGAUGAAUCAACCGCUAUGCCAGCGGCUUGCGCCGUCGAGAUGAUUCACACCAUGUCGUUGAUCCAUGACGAUCUACCUUGUAUGGAUAACGACGAUCUCCGCCGUGGAAAACCGACGAACCACAAAGUGUUUGGUGAAGACGUAGCUGUUUUAGCCGGAGACGCGCUUCUCUCGUUCGCUUUCGAGCAUUUAGCGUUGGCGACGAGUUCUGAUGUUGUAUCUCCGGUGAGAGUGGUUCGAGCCAUUGGAGAAUUGGCUAAAGCAAUUGGAACAGAAGGGUUAGUGGCGGGUCAAGUCGUUGACAUUAGUAGUGAAGGGUUAGAUUUAAACGACGUCGGUUUAGAGCAUUUGGAGUAUAUCCAUUUGCAUAAAACGGCGGCGUUGCUUGAAGCUUCUGCGGUUUUAGGAGCGAUCGUUGGUGGAGGAAGUGAUGAUGAGAUCGAGAGGUUAAGGAAGUUUGCGAGAUGUAUUGGUUUGUUGUUUCAGGUGGUUGAUGAUAUCUUGGAUGUGACGAAAUCGUCGAAAGAGUUGGGGAAAACUGCUGGGAAAGAUUUGAUUGCUGAUAAAUUGACGUAUCCGAAGAUUAUGGGUUUGGAGAAAUCGAGAGAGUUUGCUGAGAAGUUGAAUAAAGAGGCUCGUGAUCAGCUUUUAGGGUUUGAUUCUGAUAAGGCUGCUCCUUUGUUGGCUUUGGCUAAUUACAUUGCCUAUAGACAGAACUGAUUGUGUUCGAUUUCUUUUGUCGGGAAUCAUUAUUAGAUUGGAAUUGUAGAAAUCUCGGACAGGUUCUAGAGUUUGUUGGUGUAAUCAUCUCUAUGUUUCCAUGUACUACCAAAAAAAAUUGGAUAGUAAG